CCAUGGGUGUGGUGUACACUACACUCACCAUGGGUGUGGUGUACACUACUCACCAUGGGUGUGGUGUACACUACACUCCUCAUGGGUGUGGUGUACACUACACUCCCCAUGGGUGUGGUGUACACUAUGGUAAACAAGCUACAGAAAGAGUGCCUCAUGGGAAGUUCCUUGAUACUGGUGAGGGGCUCUUGAUCUAAGGAAUUGAAUCUCUGCUCCACUUGCCUGAAUGCCUUCCAUACCCUGCCUACAGACUGUAAUCCCUAUGGGUUUAGCACCCCCCCUCUAUAAUAAUGAUAAUAGAGAAAGGGAGGAGUGAUUUCAUGUACAGUUAACAUUCAUGUGCCAGUUGUUGUAAGCUGUUCCUCUCUAUUUAAUGUUUAUGAAAUAACUCUGUUCACUUUAUUCCUGUUACUCCUCCUUUUACUGUAGCUGAUUUUCACAGUUAUGUAACUGUUUGAAUUUUUAAGUUAUAAUCAUGACUGAUUUCUGCUGUAUCUUACAGCAAGGCCCCUCAAGGGAGGUUCCUUGAUGCUGGCGAGGGCUCUUGAUCUAGGGAAUUGGAUCUGUGCUCCGGUACCCUGAAUUAAGCCUGAAUACCUUCCAUCUCUCCAGACAGGCACUGUAUAAUCCUACAGGUUUAGUGCUUCCCCGUGAUUACAGUAAUAAUCUUAUAGGAAGGCCUGGUAGGUAACGUUCUCACUUUACACAGUGUCAGUGGUUUGAUCCCUGGCACGAGUGGAAACAUUGGGCAUGUUUCCUUACACUUAUUGUCCCAUUCACCAGCAAGCAAGUAGGUACCUGGGUGUUAGUUGACUGUUCAACUGCCUACCAGCAUACGCAAGGGGGAGUACCAGUAGACCCCAGGCUGUCUUCAAGAAGGCUUUGGACAUUUAGGGUCUGAUUAGCCGGGCUGUGGUUCAUACAUCAGUUUAUGUGCGGCCAACAGUAACAGCCUGGUUGAUCAGGCCUUGAUCCACCAUGAGGCCUGGCCACAGACCGGGUAGCAGAGGUGUUGACCCCCAAAACCCUCUCCAGGGCACAUCCUGGGGGACCAGAUUGAGGACCCCAAUGGAAAUAAGAUAGUCCUUGAUGACACUUUCUUUCUUCAGUUAUCCUGAGUGGCUAACCUUCAAGGGUUAAAAAUCCAAACAGAAUAUUGUCUCUUAAGGACCCCAGUGAAAACGAGUCACUUUGUCUUACUUUUUUGCAUUAGGCUAGAUAAUUUACUCAUUUUUCUAUGUAUGAUAAUUGUUGAAAAAAUUUGUGUAACUGUACUUAUGUGCACCUGUACCUAAAUAAAUAAAUCUUUCUCCUUUGUCACCAGUGGCAUUAGUUAAGUCUUUCCAUCUGCUGGACUUCCAUGGAUAUCAGUGAUUGUUUUGUUUAAGUUCAUUCUGCUUGUGCUUUUACUUAUAGAGUGUUUUAAAUUUAUUGCAUUAUAGGCUAACAUUAUGUAGUGUGGACCCUCAGGUAGCAAUUUUAAUCCUUUCCAGAGAGCUUGUCCUGAACUGAUUUUAUCGUUAGCCGAAUUAAUUUUCCCCAUAUCAAAUCAAAUCAAAGUUUAUUCUCGAUAAGGAUUACAAUGCGGGGUUUACAGUUUUAGUUACUGUGUGGUUUAUAUGUAAUAAAAUACUAAUUACAGAGGGGCCACUAGAACACCUAGCAUGGCUAGGCAUUUCGGGCAAACUUUGAUUAAUUCUUAACCCUAAAUUAUUACAAAUUAUGGAGUAAGUUGACUAAAUACUAAGUGACUAAAUACUAAGUAACUAAAUACUAGUUCGUGAGUUUAGCAAUGUGGAUGCUUUUGUUAUGGCACAAUACAUAGUUUCUAUAUUGGAGUAUCACAGGCAAACUUGUGACUAGUUAGGAAUCAUUAUUUCUGUGCUUAUAGUCAAAUGGGUGAGUGAGUGAGUGUAAGUGUGAACCACCAGGUGGUUUUUAUGUAGUUAGUUGACGGGGUGUAUCAGGGAGAUAAGAUGUUUUCUAAUGGUAGUUUUGAAGGUGAUGAAUGUGUCUGCAGUUCUAGAGUUUUCAGGUAGGGUGUUCCAGAUUUUAGGGCCUUUGACAUACAUUGAAUUUUUGUAAAGGUUUAGUCGGACAUGGGGAAUGUCGUAGAGAUGUUUGUAUCUGGUGUUAUGCUUGUGGGUCCUGUCACAACUAUCAAGAAAGCAUUUUAGGUCAAGGUUAAUAUUGGAAUUUAAGGUCCUGUAUAUGUAGAUUGCACAGUAGUAAGUGUGGAUGUUCUGAACAGGGAGUAAGUUUAGAUCUAUGAAGAGUGGGGGGGAAGGUGUUGCCAGGGAUGGGAUUUAGUGAUUAUUCUUAUUGCAGCUUUUUGUUGAGUUAUUAUUGGCUUUAGAUGUGUUGCUGCAGUUGAUCCCCAAGCACAAAUAGCAUAGGUGAGGUAUGGAUAAAUGAGUGAAUGGUAUAGUGUGAGAAGGGCAUUUUGUGGCACGUAGUAUAGUAUCUUGGAGAGGAUCCCAACUGUUUUGGAUACUUUUUUUGAUAUAUGUUGGAUAUGGGUGCUGAAAUUCAGGUUGUUGUUGAGGUAUGGGCCUAGGAAUUUGCCCUCAUUAUGUCUGGCAAUUAGAGUGCUGUCGAUCUUAAUGUUUAGUUGUGCAGCACCUGCUCUGCUACCAAACAUAAUAUAGUAGGUUUUGUCAGUGUCAAGUGUAAAUUUAUUGGCUGUCAUCCAAGUUGAUAUUUUGAGCAGCUCCUCAUUAACAAUGGUGUUGAGGGUGGCAAGAUUAGGGUGAGAGAUGACAUAAGUCGUGUCAUCAGCAAAGAGAAUGGGUUUCAGGUGUUGGGAUAUGUUUGGAAGAUCAUUGAUGUAAAUGAGGAAGAGCAGGGGACCAAGGACACUUCCCUGCAGAACUCCAGUAUCAAUAAUCCGCUCCAGACACCCAAAAGUGUUAAAAAAAAUUUUUUUUUACAUGAAAUGUACAUUUCGCUACACAGAAAACAAUGAGACAUGCAGAAUGAAUACAUAAAUAAAUACUAAAAUGACACUUACCUUUAUUGAAGAGUAUUGUUGAGUGAUGAGACACUGUUUUUCUUGAACACUCUGGGAUUUUCAGAGUGAUACAUGAGUAAAGGCUUCACUUUGCAAUCCCCACUAGCAUUACAACAAAACAUGAGAGUUAGCCUGUCUUUCAUAGGCUUGUGUCCUCCUGAAUAAUGUAGGUCCUGUUUGGCAUUUUAUUCCAGAACAGGCCUGUUUUGUCACAAUUGAGCACUUGUUGGGGUUGGAAUUUUUCAGCUUCGCCAUGCCUUAUCACCCUGUGUAUGCCACUACGAUUCUUAAAUCUCUCAAACCAACCUUUGCUGGCCUUAAAUUCACCAAUAUGAGCACUAGUUCCAGGCAUUUUUUCCUGUUCACCUGGGUGUUAGUCGACUGGUGUGGGUCGCAUCCUGGGGGACAAGAUUAAGGACCCCAAUGGAAAUAGGUUAGACAGUCCUCAAUGACACACUGACUUUCUUGGGUUAUCCUGUGUGGCUAACCCUCUGGGGUUAAUUGUUUCUCGGUAAUUGUUUCUCGUUAAGCCACACCAACAGCAGUCUCUCCACAUCUUCGAGUAGUACAGCUGACGGUGGUGCAGCAGCAGCUGAUGGUGGUGCAGCAACAGUUGAUGGUGGUGCAGCAGUAGCUGACAGUGGUACAGCAGCAGCUGAUGGUGGUGCAGCAACAGCUGACGGUGGUGCAGCAGCAGCUGACCAUGUUCACCAGAGUAGUAUAUGGCAGUGCCUCCUCCUCAGUGAUCAGGCCUGCAGUUAUGAAUGGUUGCGUAACCAGGCAAGAAAAUGUCACAUAGAGAGUCACUUCAGCUACUUGACCUUCCAUGGGAUGAUGUUGUCUUCCAACACAUAUUCCCUUACCUAAACGUGGAAGAUUUGUGUUGCUUGCGAGAGGUGUCCAAGGGGUUCCAGAAGUUGUUCAUUGAUUAUAUGAGCACUUGCAAAAAACUGGAUCUCUCAGACUGUACCAUGACAAAUCAAUAUUUUCAAAAGAUUACCGAGAACUGUACAAAUUUGCAGUGGUUGUCAGUAGCUAAGUGUUCUUGGUUAUCUGAUGAGCCACUCAUAGCACUGUUUAACAGGAACUUGCAUUUACAUCAUGUGGACCUGAGUGCCUGCAGUGGUCUUACUAGUGCUGCAUUGCAGUCAGAUCUACAGCACAUCAGUACUGCCAAUUCCUCAGAUGUGGACAUUCAGACACUGGAGCAAUUUUUUUGCAAGUUUAGCAGACUGAAGGUAGUGGAGCUGGAUAAAAUGGAAUUAUUAACAGAUGUUGGCCUACAUCACCUGGCCACCAAUUGUACCCACAUAGAGACUCUUAGUGUGGCUGGCUGCUGGAAGCUUACAGACAGUGGACUCAAGAAGGUAGUAAACCACUGUCUAAAACUGAAGUUGCUCAACAUACAAAACUGCCCACGUGUUACUGAGAAAUACCUGUGUAGUCUAUGUGUGAGAGGUAUUCAUGUUAUUUCAAGCUGCUCUGUGGCAUAUAUGGUUAAAAGAAGAAAACAAGUUAACUAUUUGGGAAUCAAUAUACAAAUCUAAAACUAUUUCUCUUCUAUGUCCAGAAAUGUAGUGUAAUAAAGAUUUUAUUUAAU